CGGCAAUAUAAAGCCCCAGCACUGCUCUCCCUCCCACUGGUGAAGCUGGAGAAGGCUGUGGUGAGAUGAGGACCUUGGAGCUGAGCCUGGGGCUGGCCCUGCUCUGCUUGCUCUGUGCGGAGGCUGAGGACCCCGGGGCUGUGGGGCUGGACAAGAACAAGAUUGCGGGGAAAUGGUACAUCACUGCUGUGGCCUCCGACUCCGAGAGCUACCUCCGGAAGAAGGACGAGCUGAAGAUGGCAACGGCCACCAUCAUGGUCCUGGGGGAGGGUGAUCUGAAGGUCUCCUUUGCAAUUCCCACCCCGGAGGGGUGUAAGAAGUCAGAGUGGAUCUACAAGCAAACAGGAGUCCCGGGUGAAUACUACUGCCCCGAGAGAGGCAAUAAAACGGCGCAGGUGGUGGAUACUGAUGGCAAGACAUAUGCAGUUAUCUUUGCCUCCAGACUGAAGGACGGGAAGACCUUGCACAUGCUGAGGCUCUACAGCAGAACCCAGGAGGGAAGCCCAAAAAUCACAGCACUGUUUAAGAAGCUUGCGAGGGAGAAGAGCUUUACAGAUGAGAUGAUCAAGAUGCUGCCUAGACAGGAGAAAUGCAGCCUCGAUGAAGUGUAGGAGGUGCGGGAUGGCUGAUGGAUGCUCCUGCUGAACAAUGCAAGCCUCAUACUCUGAAGCUCCAGGCUGCUGCUCUUCCAGGGCUGCUUCUGCAUCCCUCUUCCAAGCUUGGUGGUCAAGGCAAGCUUGGUGGUCAAGAUGUGUGGUGGUCACACAUCUCCUGCUCCUCCAGUGCACAGUCCCUGCUUUUUGCCAAAUAAAGAGAAACUCACCCUGCA